AUGAUUGUGGUUACCCUCACCUUAGGAGUUAUUCAUAGAACCACUAAACUAAGACACCAAAGUGUUGGAGUUGGAAUUAUCUUUGUAUUACUUCAAGUCUUCAUUGUCAUGUACUUCGAUCGAUUGAGGCCAACCGCCCUGGGACUGUCAGCAGUUGGCAUGACCGCAUCAGCCUUCGUUUUCACGAAGCUUCUAGAGCUUCUAGACGAAGAGUACGGAUUGCGAAAUGCAUUUCUAAUUGUGGGUGCCAUAUUACUGCACCUAAGCCCGCUCACAUAUUUGCUGAAGAUUCCGCCCUGGUACAAACACAAGAAAAUCGACCAAGUCGCCCACUCGGAGCCGUCAGAAAACUCCGCGAAUGUGGGUGAAGCUGACGCGCAGUCCCAUGACGAUGCAAUCGUAGAGGCGGCUGACAGAGCGGUCACCACUUACAGACAAGACAUACUGAUACUUCUGCGUACACCUUCGUUCUACGUGAUCGUAUUAUCUGCCGCGGCCACAACAUUCAUCGACAGUAUCCUUCUCACCACCAUGCUCGACUUCGCCGUCGACAAAGGAAGCACCCAUGCUCAAGCGGUGUGGCUCACAUCCUUCCAAGCAUUAACUGACAUCGUGGGACGCCUAUGUCUUCCAGUACUUGCGGACCUUGUCAAGCUACCCCGACGUUACUUGCUUACCCUCAACCAAAUUUUGAUGGGCUGUGGUGUCAUCAUGCACGAUGUCCUUGUUCCUGACUACAUUGAAUUGGAGAGACUUUUAUUAGUUCAUGGCACAAUUGGAACUGUGAGAGCUCCUAUAAUGCUGGCUGCUCCCGCCCUUAUAGGUUAUUUUCGAGACCAAACAGGAUCCUACGACAACCUGUAUCGACUACAAGGUGCACUAUUAAUCUGCAUUGGUGUGAUGUGGGUUACUGCAAUGCCCAGGCCGAAGAGCCCAAACAAGAUAUGUUCACCACGGUCUGUUGGACCUCCACUGAAUCCGUGGAACGAUUAAGUCAGUAAAGUUCAGCCAUGGUGUGUUUAUGUAGCACAAUUUGUGUACUUUUAGCAAAAUGGGUGCAUCUGCCAGUGAAGC